GGCUGGAUCCCACCACCAUCAUGGACGCUGGUGGAUACGACAAGCUGGGUAGCGCCACCGAGGAGGUCCCCAGAGGGCAGUUGGGACGCUGGGAGUACUACAAACAAAGGCUUUCCUUCCUGGUCUUGGCUUUCCUGGUGGCCACAGUGCUAUGGGCUCUCAUUCUGAGCACCCUGCUGUCCAAGGCCUCCAGCGAGCGCAGGGCGCUGCUCAGCCACCAGGACCAGCUAAAGACAAACGCCUCAGAGCAAAAGAUGAUGUUGAGUGCCCUGAAAGAAGAUGUCGGAGCCUGCAGAAACUGCUGCUCCGGGAUGAAAGCGCAGUUGCAAACCACACUCGCUGAGUUUAAGAACACACAGACAAAGCUGAUGGAGCAGGAGAGCGCCCUUAAAGAACUGCAAGAGCGUGUGACCCAGAGUUUGGCUAAAGCAGCCAGAGAUCGUGAAGACGUCCGCAGUGAGCUCUUCCAGGCAUUGGAGGCUGUCAAGCAACAAAACAAAUCCUGUGAGAAGUGCCCCACAUCAUGGAUACACUUCCAAGGAUCCUGCUACUAUUUCUCUGAGACUCAGGCUAUAUGGAACACAGCACAGAGCAUCUGUUCAGUCCACGGUGCCCACUUGGUGAUUGUCAAAGACCUGGAUGAGCAGAGUUUCCUGCGUCAGCACACACGGGGCCGAGGCUACUGGUUGGGUCUGAGGACAGUUCGCCACCUCGGCAAGAUUCAAGGCUACCAGUGGGUAGAUGGAGUCUCACUCACCUUCAGUCACUGGAACUCUGGAGAGCCCAACGAUUCCAGAGGACGUGAGGACUGUGUCAUGAUGCUACACUCGGGGCUGUGGAAUGAUGCACCAUGUAGCAAUGAGAAGGACGGCUGGAUCUGCGAGAAGAGGAGCAGCUGCUGAUCCAGCCCAGUGUCCCAGUGCCAUGUCCAUUGCCUCAGGGUAAAUCAGAAGCAUGGCGCAUGUUUCUUGAGCCCACUACCAAGAUUUUUUUUUCUAUUGCACCAUUACUAAGAGCCACUCAGCUUGACCAGUACAUGUUUUGGAGACCCCAGCUCUGACUCACAAAAUACCCUAAACCUCCCAGCUAAUCUGACUUUUGUCAGUUUCGAAAUCACUGCUCUAAAGCCCUGGUCAUCUGACCCACCCUCCCCCACCCCCCACCCCCACCCCCCUACCCCACCCCACCCCCGCCACCUACCUUCCUAGACACAGUGUCAGAGUUGUUCUAUCUUCCUGUAUCCUCCUAUCCCAUCUCUCUGACUUGGAGCUAUCUCCACAGAGAAAAGGAACAUCAACAAAUGUUUGAGAGAUUAAUCAAGGCCCUGGGUCUGUGUUGGAAAAGAGUGAUCUCAGUAUCCCACAAGGAACAUGCAAAGUUAAGUAACUUAUUUUCCCAGGAAAGGCGUGCCAGAACCCAAACUGGGCUCGCAAGCAGCACACUUGGGCCGCGAUGGUCUGUGUCUUUCAUCCCCGAUGAAAGUGGUGACUGCAUCUCAUCCCCACUGGUGGAAUCUCAGCUUUACACUCUGGCGUGGUUCACGAAUUAGCACAAAAAGGAAGGGGGAGCUUCAGAAAAUAUGGGCCUUUAUCAAACUGACUACCUUCAAUAUUAAAAGGGGUUCUCAUAA